AUGGAAGAUGGUGAUUAUAGCAUAAGGAGAUGGGAGGAUCUGGACAUAGAUAUUUUGGUGAAAAUUUUUCAGCUGCUCGACAUCUUCGAGUUAACGGCUGGCAUAGCUCAUGUUUGUAGUGCGUGGCGCAUGGCUUGCUGCGAUCCACUUCUUUGGAAGACACUUGAUUUGUCAAUGUUAAAAUCUAAUUUCAUCAAGAUUCCAUUGGAGCCAUUUGUUUAUGUUGAUGGACGGUCUGACAGGAAAUUAACCCGUUUAUUGAAGAUUUCCUUGAGUCUUCUUAGCAGGCAGAGUAUAAUGACUUUGAUAUUUCACUUCAACUUGUAUGUGAGUGAUGAACAGUUGACAUACACUGCUGAAAGGUAA